CCCCUCUUCAGGGAGCUCCAGCUCAACAGAAACGGCACAGCUCUGGACCCCCCCAUUCCUUCUCUGUCUCUGUACACAUCUACUACCUCACAUCAAUCCCGCAUUCAUCAACGCAUAUUCUCAAAAUGCCUAUCUCAGAACUUGAUCUAGCUACCCGAGCUCCCGAGAGCGACGCUGCCGAAGACCAGCAAGACUCUCCAGCUCUUUCUGCCAUUGCCGCUCCAACUCCUCCUCCGGAGCAACCACAACUAUGCGACAACUGCGUAUCUGACAGACCAACUCCAGCUGGCAGUGGAGUGCCACAAGGAGAGCUCACUACUCUCGGCGGGAUAGAUGUCUACAUAACCAAACCCCCAUCCUACCCCUCCACCCCAGCCCGGCUACUCCUCCUCUUAACAGGCGGCACCGGUCUCAAGUCAACCAACAACCAGCUCCAGGCCGACCUCUUCUCCAUCGAGGGCAACUACGUCGUCGUCAUGCCAGAUCUCUUCUCUGGCGACCCGGCGCCAAAUUCCCAGGUCAAGGAAGACGACCCCGACAUCCAAGCCGGCGAUGGGGGAGGCUUCUUAGGGAUGUUUAAACUCAAGGCUGUGGAGACGGCCAAGAGCUUCAUGAUUGACAUGUGGCUUGCGCGACACACCGAAGACAAGAUCCUACCCAUCAUCCACAAGGUUCUGGACGCGGCAAAGGAGGAGUUUGCGGAUGCGGUUGGGAAUGGUGGGGGGGUGUAUGCGGUGGGGUAUUGCAUAGGGGGACGGUAUGUCCUGUUACUGGGGCAACAGAGGGAGAAAAGGGGGGAGGAUGUGGAGCAGGGGGAUGUCAAGGAGGGACCGUGGAUCAAGGCGGGUGCGGUGGCGCAUGCGACGAUGGUGUCGAGGCAGGAUUUUGUGGGGUUGAAGGCGCCGGUUAGCUUGGUCAAUGUGGAGAGCGAUCCUAUGUUUCCUGAUGAGGUGAGGGUUGCUGGGGAGGAUGAGAUGAGGAAGGUGGGGGUGGAGCAUGAGGUGAAGGUUUAUCCUGGGGUUCCGCAUGGUUUUGCUGUUGUGGGGGAGUAUGAGGAUGGGAAUAUCAAGGAGGCGCAGAAGACGGCGUAUGGACAGAUGUUGAAGUGGUUACAGCAUCAUUGAUGGGGGAAGGGUGUGGACUGCUGGUUAGGAUCGGGCGUCGUGGGCACUUUUUUCUCUCGUUUUCGAAUUACCUAUGGAAUGAGCAGAGCAAUGCCAUCAUGCAGGCAGGUUCAGUGUUUGGGUGGCUUAUUGCUCUUGUUGUUAGUGUUAUUCGUCCUAAAUUGACAGCUCAAACAGAACCAAAGUGUCACUAC